AUGGCCGCACCAAGAACGUCAUUGCGCGGGUUCCUCGCGCAUGCAAAGAGCGCGCUGCGGAGUGCAAUCAGCUCCCAGCAAAAAGUCACUCUGGUCAUUGGCAAUGAGUCGGCCGACCUCGACUCGAUGACAUGCCAGAUUCUAUAUGCAUACGUGCGCUCCAUGGCGCCGCCAAAAAACGCGUUCACGCCGCUGUACAUACCCGUGACCAACAUGCCGGCCGCGGGCGUGGACAUGAGACGCGAGUUUCUCGCCGUGUUCAAGCAUGCAGACAUCGAGGCGGCGCAUCUGAUCACGCUCGACGACCUCCCGGCGCCGUCGGACAUGCAGACCAAGCUGAGGCCGGAGAACACAAGGUGGAUCCUGGUCGACCACAACGCGCUGCAGGGCCAGCUCGGAAGCAUCUACUCCAGCCGCGUGCAGGGCGUGAUCGACCACCACGACGACGAAGGCGCGGUGCCCCAGGACACGGGCGCGGAGCCGCGCAUCAUCGAGAAGAGCGGGAGCUGCACGAGCCUAGUCACAAACUACGUGGGCCCGACGUGGGAUACGGUGUCGGGCGGCGCGCUCGACGACGACGCCAGGGUAGCCCAGCUGGGUCUGGCCAGCAUCCUCAUGGACACGGCGAAUCUGCAGGACCAGAGCAAGACGACCGAGCACGACCGCAGGGCUGUCGAGUACCUGGAGGCAAAGGUGCUGCGGUGUCCACAGGUGGCGACGACGUACGACCGCGGCGCGUUCUACGAGGCGAUUGACGCGGCGAAGAAGGAUAUCGGCGCGUUGGAGCUGCAGCACAUACUGCAAAAGGACUACAAGGAGUGGGAGCAGGAGGGGCAGAAGCUGGGGAUUAGCUCGGUUGUCAAGGAGAUUGCGUUCCUGCAGACGAAAGCGGGCGAGGAGGCGGAGGCGGAGGCGGCGUCUUCAACCUCUCAGGCCUUCCUGGACCAACUCGCAGACUUUGCUCGAGAGCGGAGUCUCAAUCUCUACAGCGUCAUGACGACGAGCACGUCCGCCGGCGGCUCGUUCCAGCGCGAGCUGCUGGUGUGGGCAUUCGACGAGAGCGCCGUGUCGUGGGCACAGCGGUUCGCGUCCCAGUCGCAGGGGGAGCUUGGGCUCGAGGCGUGGGAGGAGGAUGGCAACGUGGCGAGCGGCGAGGGCGACGGGCAGUGGAGGAGAGUGUGGUGGCAGCGCGAGGUGCAGCACAGUCGCAAACGAGUCGCGCCGCUGCUGAGGCAGGCUCGAUGA